CCAAGCCAGAAGCGCAUUCAGUCCAGGGAGAAACCGCGAACCAGUCGUUAACCGUGAAAAUGGAUGAACCGGAUCGCGCAAAGUUUGACGUUGCGAAGAAGCUCGGAUACCACAUCGGCGACAUUCGCCAACAAUAUCGUGCAUAUUGGACAUCAACCGACCCAACUGAGCAGCAGAUAGGAUUAGCCGUGUACUUUAUUGAUACGUUCCUGUUUAGAGUGGGAAAUGAGAGAAAUGAUUCCCCGGACACCGUUGGGUGCUGUUCACUGCGCUUUAAGCAUUUCGAUCUAAAGAAGAAUGUUAUCAAGUUCGACUUUCGAAGUAAGGGGAACCAACCCUAUAGAAACGAGAAGGAAAUCGAUCCGGGGGCGUUUGAAGUGUUGGAGAAACUGAACAAGAAUAACUCCGACCCCUCGGCUAAACUAUUUGACUUGAUAAAGCCCAGAAAGAUCAACGGUUGGCUAAAAAAGAUUGAUAAAGAUUUCACAACCAAAGUGUUCCGAACCCUCAGGGCAACGGAUUUGAUGGAGCAAAUGAUCAACAAAAAAAGAGAAAAAAUCAGCAAAACAAGAGGAGAAUUCGCCACGGACGAUAUAGUGGAUAUGUUCGAGGAGUCUUGCCUAGAGGUGGCCAAACUGUGCAACCAUCUGAAAAAGGAUAAAAAAAUAGAAAGAAAAAUUCGUAAGACUGAGCAAUUAAUAAAAAGCCCUGCUACCCAUCAAUUUUUUGAAAAGUUAAUUGAAAGGGAUAAUAAAAACGAAGAAGCCAAAUUACAAACUCUAAAAGCUGAAGCAGAAAGGAAAAAACCAUCAGCCAUCACCACUUUGGUAUUUUACAUCGAUCCACGCAUCGUCGUGGCGUGGUGCAAGAAACAUGGCAUUGAAUUAAACCGGAUCUACUCGCGAAGUCAGCUGAAGAAGAUUAAGUGGGCUAUUGAAGAUAUCGACAGCAGCAGCCAACCCGGUUCCAGUAGUGGUCAGACAAGCCAAUGUUCGGGAACCACUGCGACCGGCACUGAGAGCACCAGUGAAAGUGAUUAACAAUGGAGGGCAUCAAUUAAUUCUGCAAUUCUUUUCGUACAUUUUUUUUUCAAGCAACACCUGCGGCAAUAUCUUUGGUAAUUCUUUUCAUUAUGCCUUCGGCCAUUCUCUUGGUCGACUAGAAAAAUAUAUCAAGUUUACAACACAUUGUGUUAUGAUGAUAUGAUUUUUUUCUAUAACUUAUUUUGUUAUAAACUAGAUGCAGGAUGAUGUUAAAAUAACUAAAGCUAAUUGUUGCACUAUUGGUUGCUUUGCUGUACUUCACUGCUAUUUCUGUUCCUGGCUACCCUCUUUGGCUAUGUGGGUUAAAACCAAACUCUAAAUAUCUGCCUGCUGUUUUCGAUUUUAGAUUGGUUUACUGCAAUCCUGUGUCGAAUUCCAUGGUUUUGACAUGCCUAGGUGUUAUUUUUUUUAUAUUUUUAUGUAAAAUAUGCAUGUUUUUGAAAAAAUAAAAAGGUUUUGUGUCUUUUUGAAAA